CUACCGCCUCCGCGCGUCCCUCCAGGUCCUGCCACUCCGCCCGCCCCGGAGCUCAGGGCGCAGGGGUGGCAGACGGGGCGCACCCCGGCCGGGUUCGCAUGGACCUCCCGCGCCGCUGGCUCUUCCGGAUGUUCCUGCUCGUCGCCGCCUGCUCGGGGAUCCUCUUCAGGCUGUACUCGGUGGGGCAGCGGUCCCAGGAGCCCGGGGCCCCGGCCAGGAGCAUCACACCACCUCGAGUGUUCUUUGAACCCAAGGCACCGAAUUCCGAAAAGGCGAAGAACCAGCUUUGCCGAUACCCGCUUUCCCUGGCCAUUGAGGAGGACCACCACUUCCGGGGCCUGUUUGAUCUCUCUACUCCAGUGCUGCUGUGGGGCGGCCUCUUCACUCAAGACCUCUGGAACAAUCUGAGCCAUUACAAGGUCCCCUAUGGGUGGCAGGGGCUCUCCCGGAAGACUGUUGUCUCUACCCUGAGCCUUCUCAACAACUCCGAGAGUGCGGAGCUCUUUGGUGUUUCCAAACCGCUAAGCUGUAUUCGGUGUGCCGUGGUGGGUAACGGAGGCAUUCUGAACGGGUCCCGUCAGGGUCAGAAAAUCGAUGCCCAUGACUAUGUGUUCAGACUCAAUGGAGCAGUGAUCAAAGGCUACGAGCUCGACGUGGGCACCAAGACCUCCUUCUACGGCUUUACGGUGAACACCAUGAAGAAUUCCCUCAUCGCCUACUCCAAGCUGGGCUUCACCUCUGUGCCACAAGGGCAGGACCUUCGGUACAUCUUCAUCCCCUCCAGCAUCCGUGAAUACCUCAUGCUGAGAUCAGCCAUUCUGGGUGUACCUGUCCCAGAGGGCCCCGAUAGAGGCGACAGGCCUCACACCUAUUUUGGAUCAGAAACCUCUGCCGGUAAAUUCAAGCUCCUGCAUCCAGACUUCAUCCGCUACCUGACAGAGAGGUUUUUGAAAUCCAAGUUGAUUAACACGCGUUUCAGAGACAUGUAUAUGCCUACUACAGGAGCGCUCAUGCUACUGACAGCCUUGCAUACCUGUGACCAGGUCAGUGCCUAUGGAUUCAUCACAAGCAACUACCAGAAAUACUCAGACCACUAUUUCGAUCGAGAGAAAAAACCAGUGAUAUUCUACGCAAACCACGAUCUGUCCCUGGAAGCUGCACUGUGGAGGGGUCUGCACAAUGCUGGCAUCCUUUGGCUCUUCCAGCGUUGACCCCCAAAGUACUGAUUUAUUUGCUUCAUAAGUACUUCUCUUGACCUUUCAACCUUUGGAAGAGGCACCCAUCACUCCCCUUGACCCUCUACUUCUCUAGAGGGUCCUGAGAAGGACUCGUGGCCAUCACAUCACCAGAGCCUGUGCAACACACGACACCAUCUUGACUCAAGACAGCUCUUCUGGGUCUUAAGUAGGGGAAGGCAGACUGCUUUGUAGAAUUUGUUUUAGAAUUGAACUUUUACCAAAAUGAGACAGCCAAUCCUCAACAGCAAAGAGGCUGGUAGUUCAAAGCCAGCACCUGGUCUUGGACAACUAGGACAUUAAAGGAGCCACUCAGGAUUAUCAUUAUCAAGCAGAGGCCCACACCUAGCUGGAACCAAUGGCACAUCAAGUCCCAAAUGCCACUCAACCUGUGAGGACAUCUUAAGCUUUCUGAGAACAGGACAUUUUUGCCUCGUGAUAGAGCGAGAACCAGAGGCAGAAUGUAAUUUGAGGGUAGCUAAUAGGGUAAGUGAUGGAUGACCAUUUUACCUUUUUUUUUUUUUUUUUUUUUUUUUUUCCUUGUGGAGGGAGGGGUGAGGUGCAGCUCAGGACUGUGACAGCCUAGCAGGCAGGAGCACCCAGGCCCAAGUUUUAAGGACAUCCAGCACCAAUGCACGGGAGGUACUAGCUCUUGACCAACUACAUCUAAGUUGCCGCUACUGAGAGAAAUCCUACUGGAGAUGUAGCACUCCUUGUCACCAACAGGAUGCUACUGAGUCACGGACCCUCAUCCUCACAUGGUAGCUUCAAUAAAACAUCAACUGAGGCA